ACUUCAGUUCACUGCGCCAGUGCAGCAGCUCUCAAGUUUUCGACUUUUUUCUUCACACAAAAGAAUUUUUUUGUUUUACUUCUCCGAUAUCCAUUCUAUUCGUGUAUUGAAUGAAAUUUUCACUUCAAUUAUGUUUUAUUUUUGAAUCAUGUAUAAUGUCAAAUAAAUGAAAAUUAUUCCACCAGAUGUCCUGGUAAUCGAAAAAUCGACACGUAUUCACAUAUCGAAAGUGAUCACAAUAAUUCUACCUCGAGUAUAUAAUCUUUGACUCUACCAUACAAAAUGUUCACGCCGAGUGAGUGUAACAGUCGAUUUAUAGAAAUAUUAAGUUUGUAGCGAUAGCGAUUCGUGACUAAGUGUUGGGGUUUUUUUUCAUAUCAAGACACAACCCCUGCAAAAUUUGAAGUGUGUUAUCAAACACCCAAACACAGAACACAUUCCACAUCCAAAGUUGUCAAUCUGUUAAAUUCUAAACUAUACGCAAAUAUAUACAUGGCGGAAUCAGCGGUGUCACCGGGAAUAUUAACCCAUAUAUUUCUGGAAAUAAUACACAGUCCACUGAAUAUUGUCCUCGUAGCUUUAAUUGUGUUUUUAGUGUAUAAAAUAUUUAAAAGUCGCAAUAGUAGUGCUCCCAUUACGUCAGCGGCCUCAUCAUUACCCAAACUUAAGAAAAGGGACUUUACCGUAGAAGAGUUAAAAAAAUACGAUGGUAAUCAAGAGGACGGCAGAGUUUUGGUUGCUGUAAAUGGAAAUGUCUACGACGUUACGAAAGGGAAACGAUUUUAUGGUCCAGGUGGUCCGUAUGCAGCAUUCGGAGGUAAAGAUGCUUCUAGAGGUCUGGCAACUUUUAAUGUCGCAGCUGCUGGUGAAGGAUAUGACGAUUUGAGUGAUUUAAGCACUAUGGAAAUGGAUUCGAUUAGAGAAUGGGAGUCACAAUUCAAAGAAAAAUAUGACUUCGUUGGGAGGUUGCUGAAACCGGGAGAACAACCAACAAACUAUUCCGAUGAGGAGGACGAAUCGACAAGUACAGGAGAUAAAGUUGAAAAGGGAGAAAAAGAGGAGAAGCCAGAAAAAGAGAAAAAAGUAGAAUAAAAUACUCUACCAAUUUUCUCUGUGAAAGGCUGACAUGGUUCAAAGACUAUUUAUAUGUGUAAAAUUAUAAAAUAAUUCAAGAAAACAAAAAACUAAAAUAUAAUUUUAUUUUUCUUUGUAUAGCGCUAAUAAUUGAUUAAAUAUCUUUAUCUACAUACAAUUAAAAUUUCUGUUUUGCUGAAAACUCUAGUUUAUAAUAGUAUAUAUUACAAUCUCUUUGAUACGGAUAAGUGUGAUAAAUGCCAUGGAAAUACGAGGCGCGUCCAAUAUAUUUUACUAUAGUUUCCCAUUUUCCUUAAACAAACGGUCAACUUUAUGUUCAAGAAAUAUUCUCGAAAUAAAACUCAAAAGUAAACGCGCCUCGUUAUUCCCUGAAAUUUUAUUUCAUAUUGGUCGGCGAGUGUGACUUUGAUCUAUCCGAAUGGUUGUUCCCAAUUGGAAGUAGAAUUGUCGCCAUGUAUACUUGCACUAAAUGGCAGCCACAACUGUGAACGAGUGUUUAUUCCACAGUUCUAAUCCUUGGAGUGCACGAGACCCCGGCAUGGCCACGGGAGCGCCAUCUAUUGACCAGUCAAGGCGUCGGCCAUGUUAUUGAUGAGAUAAGAUAUACCGCAUCAUUGCUAGUGAUUGUUUAAUAAGUAUGGCUGUAUUGAGGGGAUAUAGUGAGAAAUUGACUAAUCGGGAGUGUGCUUGUAACCCGUUUGACCCGCGGUAAGAAGAUAAGGACCAGUGACUGAAUUAGAUGUUUUCCGCAUGAAAUUUACGACCAAAGAAGCUAUGAUGAAUUAAAAGAGUUUAGAAGCUCACAAUUUCCUCCUCGUGUGGAGGUGCUGCCAGAGGAACGUUUCCUCUUGUUCGUCUGGAAUCAGGAUUUAACUUUUUUGUCAUAUUUUGUCUUUUGUCAUUUUAUUUGGGUCACUAUACAUUUCCAUUCGAUGAAACAAUACACAACUGAAUAACGUUUCUUUCUCUCCACUUGAUUUCAAUUUCUCGACUGAAAUGUAUGUCUUGAGUACCUAGUAGCAAAUUAAGAUUUUUUUCAGAUAUUUAGAGAUUAAACUAAUGAAUUCAGGGUCUCAUUUCGAUAUUCCCAGUCUUUUACGGAGUCUUCUUCAGUUUCAUUAUUCCCUGGUCGAAAAACCCAAAAAAUUUUCUAUUAUAUUGGUCCUUGUUUUCAUCAAUCUAGACUUUUGAAAAGACUAAAAAACUUCACGCGUCCCGCAACUCUUUUUGAGUCUGACAAUUAUCUGUCUUAUGAAUACAGUUCACUACUUGAGCAGUUAACCAUCUUUCAGUAAUUCCUUAAAAGAAUUGAUAGACGAUGGUAUGAUGUUAUAAUCACCCUGGUUUGUUUACGAAAAACGCAUCAACAUUAUGGCCGACGCCCAGUUCUCGUAUCUGACCGAUAGAUGGCGUUAGCGUCACAGGGGCAAAAAAUGCAAUCCGCAUAGCUGGUGACUGCCAAGAAUUAGAUCGAAACCGGUCGACGGAUUUUUUUCUGCUUGCAAUUGCGAGCUAUCACAGAUGUUUGUUACAGUUAAAACGCAUUUUUCGUUAGAACUCGUUUUUACUAGUUAAAACUAGUUUUUACUUAAUAAAUUUGUUAAAACUAGAAAUACCAAUGAUAUAUUUGAUUUUCAGAUAAAGUUAGUUGCCACACCGAGCUUUAGUUUGAACUAGAAUUACAAAAUUAAUUUGGGAUUGAAAACAAGAUUUAUCGAAAAGAUCUAAGACACUAAAAACCAUAAUAAUCUAACACUAAAGCAACAUUUUAGGGAACGUCAACUCAAAUUAGUUGCCAAGAUGACAAUAUUAAUUAUAACUAGGUAAAUAAAAUAAUAAAAAAAAUCAACAGAACAAAACCAUAAAAUUUCAAAAAGAACAUUGAUUUACACACAAUAAAAUCUAAUCAGUCAAACUUAUAAAACGGAUGAAGGAUUAAAGAUAACCACUUUUCUUGCAGAGACACGUUUUUGUCAUACAUCCUUUCUUGCACACGCAGCGCAUAAAUACUUUGGCUGUUUCUAUGGCUGCUUCCUUAGCAACAAUUCUCAAAGGUAAAUUUCUUUCAUAUUUCGUUCCUAUCUUGUGAAAACCCUGAUUAUCUUUUUCUGUUGUGUUGAAGAGACUGUAGCGUUUUGCACGUAAGGUUUCUCUUCCCAGUACAUCCUUCUCCGUGGGACAGAGCAACAUCCACUCAAAAACGAUAUUCCCAAGAAAUCCUUUAGCUCAGCUCAGAAAAAUAACUCGCAAGAUUUCCAGCGGAGUCAGCGGUGUGCUCGCAUGAGUUACAUUAUCACCCAAUUCUACUGGAACUUCCAUUGCAUCUUAUGUCAAUGUCAUUCUCUUGGCCUGUUUAGUUGUGCAGUUUCUUUGGAUGCAAUUAUUUGUCGAUUCACAUUGGUUGCAAUUUCGAGAUCUCUCAUGUGGUGGUAUUAUAAGAGGUUCUGCUAUAAACAAAGCAGGAAUUAACGAAGCAAGCGAACAACGUGCGGACGACCCUGUACUUGUGAAAUCAUAUUACGUCUCGCGACCAAUCGGAAUAAGGUACGAUGUCAUGAGACAUUUUUAACUGACUCGCUUUGGAGUAACGCGUUUUGUCUAGUAACAACUAGUUUUAACUGAUAUUCGAUUUGAACAUUAGUUAAUUCUAGUAUUAACAAAGGCGUACAUUCAAAACUAGUUCUAACUAGAAAUAACGUGUUCUAUCUAAAAACUAGUUUUAAUUGUAUCGGUCGGUAUCGACAAAAGAAGGGUCGAUCAGUGACACGUUCUUCAAAGGGGAUGUAAUACAAUAUUCGCCGCGGUAAUUAACCAGGAAAGUAGUUGAUUUUUCCUUCGGGGAAUGGGUCAGACUUUUGUGCCUGAGCUAAGCUGUUAACUUAUUACGAAAUUUAUUGUAUUUAUUUAUCACUUUUUUUAUUGAUGAAUUGUUUUUAAAUUCAAUAGAAAUAAAUCUGUAACCAUGUGUACAUCACUUAGGAAGACCUAAGGUUAUUGAAAUUUUUUACAAAUUUGAUUAAGUGAACGUUAUAAUUCCAAAAAUUUGCAUUUUCUUGUUGAUAUAGAAAAAUUUGGUUUAAAUGCGAGUUUAAUAUAGGGCUUGAAUAAACAGUAAUCGGGGACUUCUGUACAGGUUGGGUAUUAGUGUUUUUUGCGACAAUAUACUAUCUUAUAUGUAUAUUAUUAUCUUAAUAUAAAUUUUUAUGAAAAAAAAAAAAAAAUAAAUAAACUGUCUCGAUAGUUUAAA